AUCAGACCCGCAAAAAACCGCUUCGCGUCCAUUCGUGUUAAAGCAAAACUGGAAAGGGUCAUGACUCAUGCAUGCUUAAUUUGAUGCCAAAAUCCUAAUAUGCUCAGGGAACUCCUUCCUCUUCCUCUCGCACCCACCAGGGCACCCCUCAGUGUCUCAGUCUCGUCACUCUCUCGCUAAGCUCAAGCUCUCUCAUCUCUCUCACUGUCGCUCUCGCACUCCAGCUCUCUCACUGCCUCCGGUCUCGCACUCAAGCUUGUUGUCGCUCUGUCUCGUCACCGUCUCGCAGUCAGCGCGCGCCUUCCCUGCGCUCGUCGUCUCCGGCGGCAGAAGCAGCACGUCCCGGGCUGGUUGUCGUCUUCUUGCUUCGAGCCUCGCCGUCAGCAGCUGUCCCCGAUUUGGUCAAGGAGGUAAAUUAGUGACCUACCGGUUGAACUAAUGACCCGGUGACCCAGUCGUAUGACCAGCAUCGGGUAUGGCAGCCGCAAGAGUCACGCCACCGUCACCGCUGGAGUCACCCUCACUGGAAGGAGAUUCAAAGCAGAGGCUAUGAAGGUGUUUAAUAUAAAUGGAGCCACACUUUCUCUUGCACUCUACACCGAUGUCACCAAUUCCAAGGAGCUCUUGGAAAGUAUGCAAGCUGGGACAUUGGAGCGAGAAGUUGCAUUCCUCAAUGCUUUACUUAUUCCAGAUGUUGUUCCUCUUCUAGCUGCUGCACACAAGACACUUGUAGCUAAGUCACGGGAUUCUUUGACCACACGCACUCUUCACUCAGAGCUUAUUUACAAUUACUCAGGGUCCAAGCAUAUUAGUGAAUCUUUGAAAAGAUGUGGUAUCUCAGAUAACACGACAUACAUCCUUGCUGCUAGAUUUGAUGCUACUCCUAAUGAGAUAAAAGCCAUUGAGAAGCUCAUUAAUGGAAAAGAGAUUGAACUGGAGGAGCUGGAAAGGAGAGCAAACCAAUCCCGGAUGCAAAAGCAUUACAAGAUAUAUGCUCCCGAACUCGGAGUUUCAUCACUUGCAGAUGCAAUAACUUGCCGAAUUGCUUCUCGCGAUGCCUUGUGAGAACGAUGACUGUGAUCUGCAUGUAUGUUACAAGUUUCGUUCUCUCUCAUUGAUCUAUUUACAGAAUCAAAAAUGCUAUUUGUACACCAAAAUCUGCCACUAAUUUAUUUUCAUCAUGUAUUUGUCUUCCGAUAAGUAUUUUAUACUGGUGGCUGACUUUGAUGGCUAAUUUUAAUGUACACGUAGCAUAGUCCUCAUAGAAUACGUAAAAGAAAGCUUUUAACUUCCAUAGGAGGUACUUUACAUUUCCAUGUUUUUCCUACAUUUGAUAUUUAUUUUAGUUAAUCUUACUUAAGUUUCUGUAACAUUUCUUAUGGAAAUUGGGAAAUCUAAAGUAAGCUUGUUAUGAAUUUGUAUAUUAACGUUUUAUUUUUAGAGGAGUGCUAGGGAAGUAAAUUUUGUAUUUUGUAACCAUCAAUUGACCAUCAAUAGUGUUUUUAAUAGUAU